UUAAGCUUUCUCAGCUGGGAACAACCAAACAUCAAACAUCACUAACAAUUAAAUAAAUGUCCAUCCCACAAGCAAGGAUUUAUCCGCAGCACACUUUGAACAAAUAAAAAUCUACUGCUGUUUUCCAAUAGAUAUGGCCUUGAUAUAAAAGACCAAUUCCAAUUCCACUCCGUAUCCCAUACCUCCAUAUCAUAUCCAACGUUGCGCCGACACCACCAACUCCAUGAACUCCCAAAUCUUUGAUAUCCAGCCCGUUGAACGCUUCGCCGGGUUCAAUGCGGCCAUCCGCAGGCCAAAAGAAAUCGCCUACUUCUCCUACGACGACCAGCACAACUUCCACCUCGACGAGUCCUCCCUGCGCUACUAUUACACUCCACGCCUACCGGCUGAUCUAAAUAAGGGCUUCGAUACGUUUGAGCAGCUCGAUGACACGGGCGAUGAGCACCUAGAUGCCCUUCUGGAUACGAUAAUUGAUAUGGAGAAGAAAACCGGCACGCAAUGUGAGGCGGAUAUCAUUACGUGGAGGGGGAUGAUGACAAAGAUAAUGACAGCGCCGUUUGAUAAUAUGAACGGGUUUGAGAUGAAUGCCACAUGCUACCAGGGUUCAAUCUUCAUCGAGGAAAACAACGCAUAUAAACUUGCCCAGAAGCAGUCACAGAGGAACCAAAAGAUGCCACCCGGCGUUCCUUCACAGGAUAUGAUGGCAUUUUGGGGUUAUAAAUUUGAAACGCUAUCUCUUUUGGAUCAGCCAUGGGACGCUACACCUCGUGAAAAGAUUGAGGGUCGCGAAGACCAAGUUGUCAACAAUAAAGCACAAUACUGUUCCGUCGUUCGCACAGGGAUAGGGGGAUGCAAAAUUGUCCUCGGUGGUGAAGUUGACGCUGUAUGGGACAGUAAACCCGAGAGAAAAGAAGAUCCCAUAAACUGGGUCGAGUUAAAAACCUCUGCCGAAAUCCGCAACGACAGAGAUAUGUUCAAAUACGAGCGCAAGUUGCUUAAAUUCUGGGCCCAAUCGUUCCUUCUCGGUGUGCCUAAAAUCAUCGUCGGUUUCCGCGAUGAACAUGGUAUCCUCCGCCGGCUGGAAGAGAUGGCCACUCGUGAUAUACCAGGGCUAGUUAGCAGGAAGGGCAAAGGCACUUGGGAUGGGAAUGUUUGUAUCAAUUUCACGGCAAAGCUUUUGGAAUGGCUCAAACUCGUAAUCAAGGAUGAGGGAUUAUGGAGAAUCCGCCGGCAGGAGAAAUCUCCUGUUAUUGAGGUUUUUAAGUUGGAGGAUUCGGGACAUGGAGGAAUCCUUUCUCAGGCCUUUGUUGACUGGCGGUCUACAAAGUGAAAACUGAAAGCAAUACAGGCUUUGCGGCGAUAGACACAUGGUUCAGCAGUUCAACAUCAGGCCGCAGAUUUGACUAGUUGUCUACCUAUAUCCCUCAUCAAUUGAGAGGGGUCCCGAAUGCCCAAGUCGGCCCAAAACUCACGAAUCCUAUUUAAUAUUCGCUCGCCAGGAAUGUCCAAAUCGAAAAUCGAGCGAAGGGGCGAGGUCAGUGGUGUACGAGGCUGACCCACGCGCCGUCUCUAAGCCGAUACGGCGCCUUGGAGCCUAAAGAACGAGGCAGUGGGACUAUGAAUCAAAGUAUGCAUAAGAAAUAUUUCAUCCAUACAGCUGCAGGCUCUUUUCAUUUGGACGUCCCUUCAGGUUUGCGCUCCAAGACGUGGACGUGGCGUCAGAUAGACUAACAGUGAUUGCGAUAUCAUAUCGGGCCUAUUCCUUUCUCUAUUCUUUCUAUGGUGUUGUCGACAGAAAGGGAUAUGGAACCUUGUGUAUUUGUAACUAUUGAUUGCGUUAGACAUGUUUCUCAUAAGCUGGCAAUGCUAUGCACGUUGAAACAUGGAUAAAUAUCAGAUAUGCGUAUAGCUCACGAUUACUUAAAGGUAAAAGAAAGAAAGAAAAUCGUAUUGAAAACUAGGUGCUUGCAUGCAGAUAUUUUUCCUAUUCUGUACCAAUUCCCUAUGCAAUCUGCUAUCUACCCUCAAUUAUUGAGAUCUUUAACCGAAACCAAUUCCAUAAUCCAUGGGUAUCACAGCCAAAAGAUAUAUUCGCCCAUCCAACACGCUAUAUGCAUCAGUAUAGAAUAAAAUAAGAAAGUUCAAUCCGCCGAAAAAAUAACAAGAAAAUCACUUGUCCUUGCAGAUGCCCUCAUCCUCACCGUUCCCGUUCCCCGUCCCCUGAGCCACCUCACCACCCGACCCCUCAUCCAAAUUCCGAUCACCAUCCAUAGCGCCCUUAUAAAUAUCCCCCUUCUCCCUCCUUGCCUCAAAAUACUCAUCCUUUGCCCUCCUCUUCUCCGCACUCUUAACAGCCCUCUUAUGCCUCCUCCCCUUAACAUGCACCUCCCACUGCUCAUCCGACUGCACUGUGAUCCCACAUACAUCACACGUCGAACACUUAUACACAGUCCUCUGACGAGCCCUUUCCUCCCCCUCCCCUUCUCCCGUCGCCACGGGACUCCGCAGCUGCGUCUCGAAAACCUUCCUCACAGACUCCGAAAGCUCGCGGGGAUCCGGACACGCCUCAGCACCUCCGGAUAAAAACGCCUCCACGACACGUUCAGCAGGCUCGCGCACGUCGCUAUCCCAAGCGCCGGGAUUGGCACUGACGUCCGUCGAGUCUAAAACGUAUAAUUGCCGUGAAGAAUGGGCGUCUGUUAGGGCAUUCCAUAACCGGCCUCUGAUCCAUCGUACCUGCUGGCGGUAAUAGUGUCGAGUAGCUGACUUUAUGGAGUUGAGACAGGAUUGUUUUAAGCUGGCGAGUUGUUCGGGGGUUGGAACUGCGAUACUUGUACUAUUAUCAGCGCUGUCACUGAUAAUAUUCCCCACGCCGGCGCCGGUGGGGUGGGAGGCGGAGGGGGCGGAAGGCGGAAGUGCCCGGAAAUAAGGCUCCAGCUCCUUAAAGCCUAUGGACACCCAGACGCCACGCGUGCGAUCUAUCUCAACCCCUUGUGCCCUUUUCUCGUUGAGGUAGUUAAACAGUGACUCCGCCUCUGCGACGAGGCCCUGCUCGGCCAUGUUAUCGACGCGCCGAGAGAGCCGGCGAGUUAGUUCUUGGUCUUCAGUAUGGACCCAAAAUAGAAGUGUCGGAAAGCGCAGAUGGCCAGCGCCCGCGAAGGCUGGUGAAAUAUCGGUGGCAGUAUUUUCUACAUCCGCUAACUCCUGUGGGAUGUUGGCAGCAUCUUUGAGUUUUUGCUGUUCCUGGUAAAUCUCUGACGCAGGUCUGCCAGUCUGCAGAUAGAUCUCCAGCGAGCGGCAUAUUCUGCGCGUGUCAUUAGGAUGCCAGCGGCUCGCCAUUACCGGGUCCACUUCCCGUAGUUUCUGCAAUAUCACCUCUGGAGCCGCAUUUAGAAUGGGAAAAUCUUCAGAUCGCCGAGUAGCAGCAUCUAUCGGUUCACUCUCCCCAUCCAUCAACAACUUCUCCUCGUCACCACUCCUACCAGUUUCAUCACUCUCCCCACCGCGAUCCAAGAUAGCUUCCUUAAAUAGGACUGCCUGAGUGUAAUAAUGCGUCCCACCAACAAGAACGGGCAGCUUCCCCCUCGCCCUGAUUUCCUUGAUGAUACGUAGACAUUCCCUUUUGAAAUGGCUAAUGCGCCAGGGCUCCUGGUCAAAACCUAUACAUCCAAGAAGAUGAUGCGGGAUGCCUUGCCGUUCUUCAAUGGGGAUCUGGUUGGUGAUGAUAGGCAGCCCCCUAUACAUCUGCAUGGCAUCGCCAUUGAUGAUCUCACCGUUGAAACGGGUGGCAAGGUCGACGGCGAGCUGUGAGGCGGGAUUAACUUAUUAAUCUUUUACAAUAUAAUUCUAUUGUUUG